CACCGCCCCGGAAGCGGAAGUACAAUCUAGGUUACGCCGGCUUCUAAGAUGGCGGUUCUCGCGUCGCUGUUGUCCGGCUGCGGGCGGCUGUUCCGAGGGCUCCUGGCGCGCUCAGCCGCAGCCAGCUGGGCUCAGCUACCAGCUCGCGGGUUCAGGGAAGUGGUGGAGACCCAGGAAGGGAAGACAACUAUAAUUGAAGGCCGUAUCGUAGCAACACCCAAGGAGAGUCCAAACCCCCCUAACCCUGAAGGCCAGUGCCCCAUCUGCCGCUGGAACCUGAAGCACAAAUACAGCUACAAGGAUGUACUGCUGCUCAGCCAGUUCCUGCGGCCUCACGGCGGCAUGCUGCCCCGGAGAGUGACAGGCCUGUGCACGGAGGAGCACCGCAAGGUGGAGGAGUGUGUGAAGAUGGCCCACCGUGCAGGUCUGCUCCCAGAUCACAGGCCUCUGCUGCCCGAAGGGUCCAUCCCAAAGAGCAGGCCGAAGCUGAACCGGGCUGUCCCGCUGAGUGACAGGCAGAGCUCCCGGGCUGCUACCUGGUCCCUGCCUCCUGUGCCCAGCUCCACCUGUGCCCCCUACAUCAUGAGUGGGACCAGCUGCUAGCAUGGGGCUACCUCACCCGCUGGUCCCCACACUCAGUCAAGCCCAUCUAUAAAAAAGGCCCCCGCUGGAAGAAGGUGCGCAUGGCUGUGGGGUCACCACUCCUGAAGGACAACAUCUGCUACUCGGUCCGGCCUCUGAAGCUGUACCACUGACUUGUGCCACCAGGGUGCCUGGCCCCUCCAGUACCAGUGGCACCAGGGACAGCAGGACCACUUAAGUGCCUGGGCCCCGGGCAUCUGCGGUGGCCUCCUGACUGGCAUGGGCUGUGCCUGGUGCCAGCAUCAGUUUCACCCCAACAAGUGUUGUUCAUAAACCAGGUUCCUGGCC